AUGGAAGUGCAGCGAAUGAUGGAGUUGUUGCUAUUGUCUUCAUUUGAACGCAAGAGAAUGUCCCUUCAACAAGAAACCAAAUCCGACCCUCUUGCCAUCAACACGGAAACAAAGCCCUUAAAGCAGAGAAAACUAUUAGGGUACGAGCCAGAUGCAAAGAAAGCUGCAUUAGAAAACCUAGAAGACGUGCUUCUGGAGCCACCACGUGCCGCUUCGGGGAAAUCGAAGGUUUACUUGAAGCGUACCAAGUAUUUGCCUGAUCUGAUGGGUGAUUCACUGGAGAGUUACCCUCGCCGCGUUUUCAUCGAUGUGGGACUGCCGCAGAAGGAUGGAGGCAGUGGCACCGAUUGGUUUCGGAAGACGUACCCGACUAGGAACAAGAACUUUGAGGUGUACAAGAUAGAGACUGUGGCGGAGGGUGUACAACAGAUAGAGAUGUCGGAUUGGUUGAGGAAGAGUGUGAAGGAGGAAGAAUAUGUGGUGAUGAAAGCUGAAGCUGAGGUGGUGGAGGAGAUGAUGAGGAGUAAGGCCAUAAAAUUGGUGGAUGAGCUUUUCCUGGAGUGCAAGCCACAGCUAGGGCAUGUGAAGAAGAAGAACAGAAGGGCCUAUUGGGAGUGUUUGGCUUUGUAUGGGAAGUUGAGAGAUGAAGGUGUGGCUGUGCAUCAGUGGUGGGGUUGA